GUGUGUGGUGAUGAGUUCUUCAUUUAUGUUUCCCCCACAGAUCUUGGAGGCAUCUGAGGUUUAAUGAGGACUUUCCAGCAUUCCAGACUGCUGCCCUGCAAUGAAGCUGUGAGUCAGAGUCUCUGGGUCUAAGAAGUUGGCAACAAUGUGGAACCCCAGCACAGCCAACCUGACUAACCUUCAGUCCGAGCAGAAUCCCAAAAGGAGUCUGGCCUGAAAUCAGAGCAAGCCUAGAGAAAGACUUGCUUGUUAAUGGAAACAGGAAAGGAGAGAAGGAUUUGCAACAAAUUGCAGCAGACUUUCCACCAUUCUAAAGAGCCCACCUUCCUUAUCAACCAGGCCCUUCUCUGUGGUGACUCCCAUUCUAGCCUUUUGCCAGACACAGAGAAUGUCAGUCAUGCAGGAAAAAUAAAGACAGGACCUCAGAAAGCGAGACCUGGAACGGUAAUACUCUCAAAACAGUCCAGUAGGAGAAUUAUGUCCGAAAGUCAGCCCAGCCCCCCGGUGAUCCCAUCCCGCAGGCCUGGAUUCCGGGUGUGCUAUAUCUGUGGCCGAGAAUUUGGGUCCCAGUCAAUUGCCAUUCAUGAACCCCAGUGCUUGGAGAAGUGGCGGAUUGAAAACAGCAAGUUGCCCAAGAACCUGAGGAGGCCAGAGCCCUCCAAACCUCAGCCUCUCGGGGGCAGUGGGUCCUACGGUCUUCAGGCAGUGAACGAGGCAGCGUUCCAAAGUUCCCAGGCUCAGCUGCUGCCCUGCGAAUACUGCGGCCGCACGUUCUUGCCAGAUCGGCUUCCCGUUCACCAGAGAAGCUGCAAGCCCAAGGAUGAUGGGACCAGAGCACCAACCCUCAGCAGUUCUGAUGAUCGUGCUGGUCCCAGGAAGGCUGCUGGUGGCAUCCCCGUCCGACCACAGACUCUCAUCUGCUACAUUUGUGGUAGGGAGUUUGGCACCCUGUCCCUUCCUAUUCACGAGCCCAAAUGCCUGGAAAAGUGGAAAAUAGAAAAUGACCGGCUCCCCAGGGAGCUCCGCCGACCACUCCCACAGAAGCUUCAGCCACUUCCCACUGGACAGUCCAACCAAGGGGGGCCAAGUCAAACCCAGCUGGUGCCCUGUCCACACUGUGGCCGGACCUUUGCCCCGGACUGCCUUCUGGUACACCAGAGGAGCUGUAAAGCUCAACCUAGUGGGCCAAAGAUUCAGAAUUUAACCUUAGGGAGUAAAGAUGCCCUAAAAGAGUCCACUAGUUCCAAACAGCAAAGGAACAUGGAGGCACCCACGGUGACUGAUAAGCCAACAAUGAUAAGGCGUCCACCAACAGUUAUCUGCUACAUUUGUGGUCGUGAAUAUGGAACAAAGUCUAUUGCCAUCCAUGAACCACAAUGUCUGAAAAAGUGGCAUAAUGAAAACAACUUGUUACCGAAAGAGUUAAGGAGACCAGAACCUAAAAAACCAGAAGUCAGGACCAUUACUGCCAAAGGUUUCUAUGAUCUCGAUGCCUUAAAUGAAGCUGCUUGGACCAGUGCCCUGAGCCAGUUGGCUCCCUGUAAUAUUUGUGGGCGUACCUUCCUGCCAGACAGACUGAUUGUUCACCAACGAUCCUGUAAACCAAAAGCCGUCAAGUAA